AGUUGCAGUGAAUCUUCAUCCAAAUACACUAGAACUUGGAGUUUUAGAGUAAAUUCAGAGAUCGUAAGUGAUAGUGAUUCUUUUGGAACUUAAAAAAAAACUGUAAAUUCGUGAAAAAAACGUCAUAGAGAAGUUCUCUCAUCAAUAUGAAUUGGCGAGAAUUACUGCUCAACGUCACGUUAACCCUGAGCUUGCUGUCCCAAACAAAUGCACAAAGAUUGUGUAGAACUCCAAAUGGGAAUAGAGGAAAAUGUAUAUCAGUCUACGACUGUCCUGCCGUUAUUCGUCUACUACGAAGUCCAAUAUUAACUCCAAAUACAAUAGAAUACCUUAGGAAAUUGCAAUGCAGUGGCGAACCAAAUAAGGGUGUUUUUGUUUGUUGCGAGCAAAGUAGAGUUCGGAUGAGAUCGGACGUGCGUCCGAACCAAAUUGUAACGCCAAGCAACAAUCAAGGAAAUAUAAUCUCCCCACUUUGCGGAUAUGAUAGACCUCUAAAUAAAAUAAUAGGAGGAACCGAAUCAAAUUUAAUGGAAUCUCCUUGGAUGGCUCUUCUGGAAUAUGAGCGCAAAAAUGGCACCUGGGUUCAUGCAUGUGGAGGGUUUCUGAUCAGUAAUAGAUAUAUUGUUACAGCAGCCCACUGCGUUGUAGGUAGUCAAGUAAAAAUAAUAGGAAAAUUGGUCAAUAUCCGGAUUCGUGAGUACAAUACUUCAACCGAUCCGGAUUGCAUUAAUGAUGGCACUAAGGAGAUCUGCAACGAUCCGGUGAUGAAUUUUGGCAUUGAAGAAAUUAUUCCACAUGAGGACUACAUUCCGGACAAUCUGGUCAAUCUUCAAAACGACAUUGCACUCAUACGUUUGACGGGGAAUAUUGGAGACGUGAUUCCUAUCUGCUUGCCAUCACCUGAUUUUCCUGGAACACCAGUCGGAAGUAAUGUCACAGUUGUUGGUUGGGGCCGAACCUUAAAUCAAGAACGUAGUACUGUUAAAAUGAAAGUAAGCAUCCCAGUUGUUGGUUAUGGACGAUGCCUUCGAGAGUAUGCAAGAAAAACAAGUCUCUCGAAAGACUUGCAAAUCUGUGCUGGAGGUGAAUUCCAAAAGGAUUCUUGUCUUGGGGACUCAGGAGGACCACUAAUGACAGAACAUAAUGAAGUCUGGAUCGCCGAAGGUAUUGUUUCUUUUGGGAUGCGCUGUGGAUCAAACAACUCUGCAGUAUACACAAGAGUGUCUCCUUAUGUGCCAUGGAUUCUUAGCAAUAUGAAACCCUAAGUUUAAAAAUUGUACCAAGAAAUGUUUUACAGUUUUUAUUUGUUAUAAAGUAGAUUACAAGAUUAAAUUAGACCACUCUGACGAAAA